AUUGGAAAUGUCAAACUAUGGUACCAGAAGCUCAAAAUUAUCCUAUUUGGAAGAAAGUUAUCGUACACAAGACUAACAUUAUCUAGAAUAACAACUUUUUGACACGGCCUGCAAAUUACCACAAUAGAUAAAUAACAUCGUGUCUACACCGGAAGCGAGCAGGGCAGUGCGUCGCAGCAAAUAUUGAUAUUGACAUGAUUUUUUCUUGCAAAAACGCAUCGAUUUGCUACAGGAGGCCUUUAUUCACCCCCCGGAGCCGUGUGAGGCACGUUUUAAUAUGGAUGGAUGCACUUUAUUUGUGUACUACUUUUAAAAAGAAGAAAGUCAUAUACACCUAGGAUGCCUUGAGGAUCGUACAGAGGUCAAAAUUAUCGAACAAAUACGAUAAUUAUCGUACGUCUGGCAACACCGACGUGCAGGGUCGCAUAAGAGCCUUGAGACGGAGCAAACUUGCAUCAUGUUUGGACCCUGGAUGACCAACCACUGACUGCAGGAGGCGUGCCGCGUGACACAUGCGCGCACUCCAGUACAGAUAAAACCAAAGUCUUCGGUCAGGACUCGGGAUCGCACUUCUCACAGCUGCAGUUCAGUCAGUUUAGUCAAAGAGGAUCAUCUAUAUAUAAUAGGCUAUAUGUGUAUGGAUUAUAAAUCAAGACAAGAAUUCCGAGGCGAUAACCUUUUAGAUUGUUGCACCCUUAAAAAGUGUGAUCCUUUGCUUUAUUGUAUUCCUAUUUUAUUAUUUUGCUGUACUAAUUAGUCCAUAUGGCUCGUUUCCCAAGCAUGGACGACAAGUGUUCUGUUUUAUAUUUGUCGCGUCUGCAUCUGGACGACUUGAGCUUGGAUCAUCUCACGGACAGAAAAAGACAACAAAUCCAGCAGCUGCAUCUCACUUACAAUCGUUUAUCGUUUCUUCCACCUUCCGUUUGUUUUCUCUCCAACCUGGAAUAUCUGGAUAUCAGCAAUAAUGCGCUCACAGUCAUACCAGAUGACAUUAUGCGCCUAGCAAACCUAAAGACGUUUGUAGCAAAGAACAAUCUUCUGAAUGAGUCCUCGUUCCCUAAGGAGUUUGAACGCAUGCAGGUAGAGACUCUGAAUCUGAGUGGGAACAGGUUUGAGGACAUUCCCAUGCAGUUUCUCAAAAUGACCACACUACAGUCCCUGUCACUUGGAGGAAACAGAUUGAAGAAUAUCCCUGCAGAAAUAGAGAGCCUGACCAGUCUAGAGAUGCUGUAUUUGGGAGGAAACCUCAUCUCCUCCAUCCCACCUGAGGUGGCUAACCUCCACAGUCUGAGAUACCUGGUUCUAUGUGACAAUCGCAUCCAAAGCAUUCCACCCCAGCUCAACAAACUACACUCCCUGCUCUCUCUCAGUCUCCACAACAACCUGCUUACCUUCCUCCCUCGUGAGAUCCUCAGCCUCGUCCAUUUGCAAGAGCUCAGUCUGCGUGGAAACCCACUUGUUGUGCGCUUCAUCAAGGAUAUGACCUACGACCCUCCAUCCCUGAUGGAGCUGGCAGGACGCACCAUCAAGUCCCAGAACCUUCCGUUCAGCUCGUGUGACCUACCGUCCAAUAUGAUCCAUUAUUUAAACCUGGCUAGCGAAUGUCCCAACCCAAAGUGUGCAGGUGUUUACUUUGACUCAUGUGUGAGGCACAUCAAGUUUGUGGAUUUCUGUGGGAAGUACCGCCUGCCGCUUAUGCAUUACCUCUGUUCGCCGCAGUGUUCCUCUCCCUGCAGCUCAAACCCACAGAGCGACGCAGAGUCAGAGGAGGAGAACAGCGUCCCUGCAGACAGGCUCCAGCGGGUACUGCUGGGAUAGGACAAACCUCCAACAGAGACAGUUACCUGCCACAGGAUUUCCAUUUAAUGCUCAAUUUAAUGGUUUUGUAGGCCUACAAAAUGUUAAAAACACUUUGACCCAAAAGAGUUGGGUUUUAGAACUGUUUUAGUGACUCAGCAUAAAAGCAAUGGCUAUUUAGUUUUAAUGUGAUUAAUACAGGUUUAAACUAUAAAUCAAACUUAAAAGGAAUAGUUUACUCAAAAAAAAAAAACCAAAAAAAAAAUUCUGUCAUUUUCUCACCCUCAUAUCACAGGUACUUUUUUGCAUGACCUUUGAAGACUUUUGAUACUGUAUAUUGUCACAUGGACUACUUUUAUAGUUCUUUUAUGGUGUUUUUGUCUGUUGCAAUUCACCUUUUGUGUUCCUUGGAGAACUAAAGUAAACUGGUUUGAAAUUUCAUGAGGGUGAGUAAAUAAUACAAACUGAACUAUUCCUACUAAUGCUGCUCAUAAGGCAUCUGAAAACUUUUGCAUCUUGCCUAAAACAGUAUUUCGAGUAGGUCAGCUUGACACAGACCAAUCCUACAUGCAAUCAGAGAACAAAUUGACCGCUUUGCACUUCUGGAAAAUGUGAUCAAUACGUGAACAGUUACUCUUUGACCUCUUCUUUGUAUUGACUGUUAAUCUGCCCUAACUUUUCUGUCCAAAGGUCAGGUUAUGGACUAUGAUGGCUACGUCACACAAUUCGAAAAUGCAUAGAAAGCUAUCAUCCAUGACACAUUUUGUCUUAUUUUCAGAAGUUUGGCUACAGCGAACAGGUUUCAGAUCAGUAUUAAAUGGUUUACUGUCUCUAAAAGAGCUCAUAAUUGCCUUAAUAGUAGGCUAAUAAAACAGAUAUUAUACUCCUC